UUCGCCUUGACAGGGAGCGUCCAGACGCAGCGCGCACGCGACUGGAAGUUCACAGUUUAGUUAAAGUUUGACUUCCAGCGUCUCCAGUCACCGAGCGACCAUGCUCACCGAGGGAGAGAGAGAAGAAGCGAAAUAAAAACAAAAAAAGCCGGACUGGACGUGACUCAAUUGUGCUCCUGACUAAGUAAAGUAAUUCACUGACUGGGAAUGCGCUCCUCCGGGCUGUGGUGGAUAUACGGUUGACUCAGGAACCCAUUUGUGUCGUAAUUUGCUUCGCGGGGAACUAACUCAUAACUGUUGUGAUGGAGAGCCGCAUGCUGGCGACAUGGGCGCUGCUGUGUGUGGUCCUGCGGCCGUCGGCUACGCAGAACACUGCACCUGAAGGAGUGCUGAAUUGCUGCGAGGGAGAUGUCCUCUUCUUGCUGGACUCCUCGGGGAGCGUGUCGUCCUACGAGCACUCCCGCAUGCUCGCCUUCCUGUCGGAGCUCCUCCUCCCCUUCUCGCUGGGGGAGGACCAGGUGAGGGUGGGACUUCUGCAGGUGGGCACCCGGCCCAGCCUCGAGUUCGGCUUUGACGCCCACGGCGCCCAGAGCGGCCUCCAGGGGGCUCUGAGGAACAUCAAGCCUCUAAGGGGGGACACCAACACGGUAGAGGCGCUGAGGAUGGCCAAGGAGAGGGCGCUGAGGCCCGGGGCGCCGGGCGGGGCCCGGGAGGGGCUCCCGAGAGUGCUGGUGUGGCUGACGGACGGGGUGAAGCCAGGCGAUGUGAUCGGGCCGAUGGCCGAGCUGCGUGAGGAGGGCGUGGCGGUGCUGGUGGUCUCCACCGGGCACGGCAACUACCAGGUGUUGAGGCAGGUGGUGAGUCCGCCGGUGGAGUACCACCUGUACUUUGUGGACAUCGAUGACAUGAGCAUCAUCACAGAGGACCUGCGGGACGCCAUCAUCGAGAUCAUCCGAGCCGAGCGCAUCACCGUCCGCGACGUCGCCACCGACUCGGCCACGCUCCAGUGGCGGCCCGUCCUGUCCGGUUUGACGGGCUACUACGAGAUCCGCUUCAGCUCGCUGCCGCCGGGAGAAGCGGGAGGCGGUGGAGAAGGAGGAGGAGGCGGGACCAGUCCGAGCACCAGUGGUAGUCAGUACCAGAGGCUGACCCAGUCUGCAGAGUCCAGCACUGCCAGGCUAACGGGCCUGAAGCCCGACACCACGUACACCGCCACGCUGACCCCGGAGUCCAACGACCAGGCAUUCAACACACUCUCCAUCACCUUCAAAACAAAGCCAGAGGUGCUGAGCCCCGCCGUAGUGACGGUCUCUGAGUCGGGGCAAACCAGCGUCCGGGUGAGCUGGGGUCCCUCUCAGCCGGAGACGGUCACGAGUUACUACGUGGAGUACUCCGCCCUGCCCAGGGGCAAGCUCCACGCUGUCACUGUGGGCCGGACGCAGAACUCCACGCUCCUCAGGGACCUCCAACCAGACACCACGUACCUGGUCACGGUCAGUGCCCGGCACGCCUCGGGCACGGAGAGGGCCAUGUCCGUCAAAGUGUGCACCCAGGAAGUGACUCCGGCCCUGGCAGACCUGCAGCUGACCACGGUGGGCAGCGACGCGGUGCAGGUCGACUGGAGGAGCAGCCCGGGCUCUCUGAGGGGCUACUGGCUCACCUGGGAGGGACGGCAGAGCUCAGUCCCCGGCCAGCGCUCCUUCUAUUUGCCCCCCGACUCCUUAUCGACGCGCCUCACACGCCUCCCCCCGGCUACCAGAGUGUGUGUGUCGCCCAUUUACCGGACGGCGCGAGGGGAGGGGCUGUGUUGCACCGCACAGUUCAAUUCAAAUGCAUUACCAUAUGGCUACCAAUCAUAGCACCCCCUUCAGCUGCUAGUGCUCCCUACCAAACAUGGAGGCACGAUGAAGGCAAGAAGAAUGCUGACUUUUCCUCCAUAAUUCUUUUCCGUUGCCUCUCCCCUCUGUGGAUGUCAUCCAGGAGAGCCGUGUGGUUUGGCUCACUGAGCACUCAUGUGGAAGCCAUAGACACUUGAGAGUGGUCCGGAACAAUGUGGCCACAUGUUGACUGCUACAAUGUGCAACACAGAGGACUAUUUGCUUUUCCUUUUUUUCGUCUCAUCUGGUUUACACCUGUAGUAAAUGUAUAAUGUUACAGAUUAGAGUUGCAAGCAUAAGAUGAUUUUUUUUUUCUUGCAGAAACAGAGCAGGGCGUGCUGGGAAUGUUGGAUAUUUUUACGUGGCUUGUUCCGGAGAAGGGCUUUGCACCAUGUGUGGGCCUCAUGCCCAAAUCCUGCUAACACACAGAGAACAUCUGAUUUGAAUUUAUAAUGAAUGCUUACAAGUUGUACUUAAAUUACUUCUCUUUCAGCACAUGCUUGACACUAGUGUGCAAGGGAACGUCAACGCCAGGUCCCUAAUAACAGGGUCUUCAGUAUUGCUUUGAACAGAGCGUCCACACAGAUGCUGGGUUUGACACAAAUGCGCAUGACGGAGAGUAGCGUCUGUCCGUGGACAUGGAUCCAUUAUUCAUAUUUAUUAAUCAAGAAUCAUGUAAGUAUGAUAAUUAAUAGCACACAGUAUUUACAGACAUGCUGUUUACAUAUUAAGACUGUUACCUUCUUUUUAAGCGAGUCUCUGCUGCCCCCUACUGAAAGCAUCCUAACAGGCUUACAGCGCGAUCUUUUACUGGUAUUCUCUUAGAGCAAAUGUAUUGUUUGAUGUUGGUUGACCACUAUUGAAAUUUAACAUUUGUCAUAGAAAAAAUGCAAUAAAGUCCUUUAAUAAUGUU